AAAUAUAUUGCUGUCUAAUUCUCAUAGAAGGUGAUGGUUUAAAAAAUUUCGAAGUGCAUUCGUGCUCCCAGCAAUGUAACCAGAUUUUAUGAUAUUAUUUAUAAUUAUUUGAAUAUUAAGAUUACAUGUCUAUUGUUGGCACCUGAUAUAUGCUGAUGUAACUGCGGUCAUGUAUUAUCUUGUUAGCGAGGGUGGAAAACAAUGGGAAAUUGCUCAGGAUAUGUAAUUAUUACCAGAUGACAUCUCGUAAAUUAAAAGUUAAUUUCGGUAUAUUAUAACCACGAAAGUGUUUGACAUUGCCUAGUUGUCUCAUGCGAUUCUAUUGAGCAAGUUUGAUUUCGCACCAACAAGGAAAUCAACUCAGAAUGUACAUACUACUGUGUGGCUGUUUUCUAGUUCUCCUGUAUGGGCAUGUCACUGCAGGUAAACAAAAGCUUCACUUUGCUGCUGACAUCGAGGACUUGGAAUAUGACAAAGCAGGCUUUUCUAGUGCAAUACGUGCUGCAGUGGAAUAUAUAAACCAAGAUGAUCGUAUACUGCCUAAUCAUGAAAUUGUUGUGGAUUAUCAGAAUUCUAAUUACUGGGGAGACAGCAUGGUCACCUUUCUCGAUCUCAUAAAUAAAAGCAAUAUGACGUAUCAAUACUAUUUUGGACCGUACACAUUACGAGGACGGGAGAUUGUGAAUCCACUGAAAAAGAAAACUCACAUACCCUCUUCCGUGAGUCUGUCUUUCUUCUUUAGUCUUUCGUACAGCAACCAUUAAAAGCAUUGAACUUUAUGAAAUCAAUUUAAAACAC